GAAAGCAGAAGCACAGAACCCUGCAGAGCUCAGACUUGGUUUUUGGAAGAAGAUCAGCUUCAAGGAGGAAAACUGCCAAAAAAUGGGUGGAGGGGAAUCGAAACAAGAACCUCCAAAAGACUUCGAGCAACCUUGGAGAAACAUAGUCUGGAACUCAAAGGCACUGAAAUCUGAGUUAAGUGAAUUUCAACUUAACCACCCAGACAUCAGCCAGUUCAGAAUAUUGCUUCAUGGACCAGUUGGAGCUGGGAAGACCUGCUUUAUAAACUCAGUGAAGAGCGUAUUCAAGGGAAGAAUUGUAGUCAGGGCAGAUGAGGAGACAUCUGCUGGGAAGAGCUUCACAAAAACAUACAAAACUUACCAAAUCACAGACAAUCAAUCAGUGACUUUGCCAUUUGUCCUCAAUGAUGUUAUGGGUCUGGAAGAUCGUGAGGAAGAUGGAAUUCAUCCUAAUGAUAUCAUUAAUGCACUCCGUGGUCAUUUAAAAGAAGGCUAUAAGUUUAAUCCUGUUUCUCCACUGACUGAUGCUGAUCCAGAAUACAUACAUAACCCCAGUCUGAGUGACAAAGUUCACUGUUUGGUGAGUGUAGUGCCUGCAAACAGCAUCUCCCGAAUGAACAGGGACGUGAUUCAGAAGAUGAAAACUGUCAGACAGGAAGCCCUCAAAUUGGGCAUCCCUCAUGUGGUUCUGAUGACAAAAGUUGAUGCUACCUGCCCACUGGUUGAGAAGGAUCUAGCUGAGGUUUACAAAAGCAGAAAAAUCAAAGAAAAGAUGGAGGAAUGCAGCCACAGGCUUGGUCCACCACUGAAAUGCAUCUUCCCAGUGAGCAACUAUCAUGAGGAGAUUGAAACUAAUGAAAAAAAAGAUGUGCUUAUUCUGAUUGCAUUAAAGGCAAUUACUGGAUUUGUUGACGAUUACUUGGGUAACAUCUGAGUAUCUGCUAAAGAAUCCAUUUGGAAAAAAGAAUCGCAAUAUUGGUCUUUAUUUAUCGUCAAAUCUUUAUGUAGCUUGUAUAUUAAUCAUGAGUAUCAAGUUAAUAAAGCCACAAGCUAGAAACACAAAGUUAAAAAAAAAUAUUUAGUACAUUUAAGUGGCUAUUAUUAAAUUAAUGGCACUCAACUGCUUAUGCUACAGCUCAUUUUAUUUAUUUUUAUUUUGUUUAAUGUUAUUCAUAAAUUCAGUGUUUGAGAAAAAACAUAUCUUCUAUUACACCUGCAUGAUAUAUACACCAUUUUGUGGACAUUAAAGCAACAAUAAUAAUAAUAAUGACUUAAUCAUUAGUGUCAUAUUUGACUUUGAUUAGCAUUCCAAGUUUUUAAAUUGUAUUUCCAAUCUUUUUUUUUUUUUUUACUUG